AUGUUUGCUCCUGCAGCCACGGGCCGCAUCUUGACCAGCCGACAAGCUGAAGAGCUGCACAAAUCCAUCAUUGCCUACCUGUCGGCGAACGACAAGCACGUCACCUCGGAUACGCUCCGCAAGGAGCUUGGCCUCGACGAGAAUGUAUUCACUGCCGACGUGACCAAGAAGUACGAAAAUUUGCUCGAGAAGAAAUGGACGAGCACGAUUAUGGAUCUUGAAUCUCGAAACGCCGCCUUGCAAUCGGACAUUGACCGCACCAUUCAGGCAACCUCGAAGCGACAGGACCCUUCCUGCUGGCUGCCCGAAUCGCCGCGAUAUUCACUGCAGGGCCACCAGGGCGCGAUAAAUUGCGUCGCUUUCCACCCCAAGUUUUCCUCCCUUGCCUCCGGAUCAGACGACUGCACAAUCAAAAUAUGGGACUGGGAAUUCGGCGAGCUGGAAAAGACCAUCAAGGGCCACACGCAGGCGGUCCGAGGCGUCGACUAUGGCGGUCCGCACGGCGGCACUCUUCUUGCGUCGUGUAGUUCCGAUCUCACCAUCAAGCUCUGGGACCCUGCAGACGACUACAAGAACAUCCGCACCCUAUACGGCCACGAUCACAGCAUCUGCUCCGUCCGUUUUGUGCCCUCUAGCCAUCUGGAAUGGGGCCCUCGACAACUCGCCAGCGCCAGCGGUGAUCGCACAAUCAAGCUGUGGAAUGUCGAAAACGGCCACUGUGUCUAUACACUGCGCGGCCACACCGAUUGGGUCCGGUCGAUAUAUCCAUCUGCCGACGGCCGAAUCCUCUUGUCGGCGGGCAACGACCGCACGGCUCGCCUGUGGGAUAUAUCCGCCGCGAGCCCCGAGAGCACGCUGACCCUCGUCGGCCACGCUCUCGGCAUCAAUUGCUGUGCUCUCGCGCCGGCAUCUUCACACCCGUACUUGGCGGCCGUGGCUCCGUCCAAAGAACCGGCCGUGUCUGGCGGUGCGGCCGAGUUUAUUGCCACCGGCUCCCGCGACAAUACCAUCAUGAUAUGGGAUGCGCAGGGAACGUGCGUACGGACGUUGGUCGGCCACGACAGCUGGGUGACUGCGAUUGUGUUUCACCCCGGUGGCAGGUAUCUGCUUUCCGUGGCCGACGACAAGACCUUGCGGUGCUGGGACUUGGCGCAGGGCCAGUGCGUCAAGGUGUUGGAGGGCAUUCACGAGCAAUUCAUCACUUGUCUACAGUGGGUUCCGCAAGUGGCAAGCGGCGGCGUGUCUGCGUCUACCGGCGAUGGCUUGGGUGCGGCGCCGAUGAGUGCAAAAGUGAAGACGGGCGCGGAGGUCCAGAUUCGCUGCGUUGCUGCGACGGCAAGCAUGGACAUGACUAUCAAAAUAUUUGCGGGCUGA